AAUUCCACGCCAGUCAGGGCUAAAUAGUGAAACCCUGUCUCAUUUACUAAAAAUAGGGGGAAACACCAAAGUAGACAUAAAUUCUGUUUUUUCCUAUGUCCUUCCUACAGUGCUGGGUCAGGAUCCCUUCCUUGUUUUAAGCCCUCACCGAGUGUGUGGCCAAAGUCAAGCUCUACAUGUCACUGGGUUUUAGUUCAGCUUCUUGGUAACCUUCCUGGUCACCAGCUUCAGCCCUCAGAGUCGAUUUUGUUCUCUUACAUAUGAGGAAACUGAGGCCCAGAGAGGUUAAGUGUAUUGGCCAAAGUCAAAGAGCUAGUAAGUGAUGGAGCCAGGACUCAAACUCAGCUUAGGAGCAAUGUCCACCUUGUUCCCUUCACUCUUCCCUCGUGUGACUGAGACACUGUGGUUUAACCUGGAUCGACCCUGUGUGGAGGAGACAGAGCUGCAGCAGCAGGAGCAGCAGCAUCAGGCCUGGCUCCAAAGCAUCGCAGAGAAAGACAACAACCUGGUACCUAUUGGCAAGCCUGCCUCAGAGCACUACGAUGACGAGGAAGAAGAGGAUGAUGAAGAUGAUGAGGACAGUGAAGAGGACUCAGAAGAUGAUGAGGACAUGCAGGACAUGGAUGAGAUGAAUGACUAUAAUGAGUCCCCUGAUGAUGGAGAGGUCAAUGAGGUGGACAUGGAAGGCAACGAACAGGAUCAGGACCAGUGGAUGAUCUAGGUAGACAAACCAAGGUGGCCUCAGUGUGAUUCCAGACCACCCCAGCCUAUUUUGAAUCUUCAGCCUGCAGAAGCAGCUGUGGCUGUAGUGCCUAAAGCUUUCCCUUAGGCACUUACUCAGCUGCUGCCAGGACGAGGUCUCCUUGGGCCCUUCCAGGCCACCAGUCUUCCCUUGAAUCCCAAGAGCCUGAGCCCAUCCCACCUUCCUGGCUGGUACCUCACUCCUUGGUUGCCAGGUGUGGUCCCUUUCUAACCCUCCUUAAUAAAGACACAGGACUGAUUCUU